GAAAACAUUAAUUAUAUUUCUUACAAGUGAAACUGCAAAGAGAUGAACCUCCUUGAUCAUAAUGGGAAUCUCAAAUUUUCCAACAAACAAGCCAAAUUUAGAAAGAGAUUUAAAAGCUUCCCAUGUUAGUGAACAAAUUGAACAAAAUAAUGUGUAUAAAACAGACACCAAAUUCCGAUAUUAGAAACAUUCAACAACAAAUCACAGAUCUCCUGAUCAGGAAUCAAUCUCUAAAUUUUUCAGUAGACUACGUUAUCAAUGGGAAGGCGAAAGAUCGAGAUGAAAAUGGUGAAGGAUAGAGGUUCUAGACAAGUUACCUUCUCGAAGCGUCGAAACGGUCUGUUCAAGAAAGCGACCGAUCUCGCAACUCUGUGCGGUUUAGAGAUAGCGAUUGUGGUUUUCUCUCCAGGCGGUAAGGCAUUCUCGUUCGGCAAUCCAAAUGUAGAGGAGGUCGUAGAUCGGUACCUAGGUUGUGAAUGGAAGGCGAAUGGGAAUCCGGGGGUGAGGGAGAGGGGAAUGUUGGAGAAGGAGAAUGAGGAACUUUUAGAUCUGGUUAAGCAGUUGCAAAUGGAGAAGAAGAAGGGAGAGAUUAUGGAGAAAGAGAUGAAAUCGAGAGGGGAAUUGAUGAAAAUUGAGGAUAUGGAUUUGAAUGAGCUCUUGAAAUUGAAGGAAUCGUUGGAAAAACUAAGAAAGAACGUGAAGAUUGAAGAGAGCGAGUUGGAGGCUUCGUCUUCAUUGCUGCUGCUUGCUAAUGAAAAACCUGUUCCUGGAGAUGGCUGAGUCUAAUUCCUAAAAUUGAAUUUCAGAAAUUUCAUUAGCUCUAUGAUUUUAGUUUAGAAACUAAAAAAAGAAAUGGAACUCUAUAAAGAUUUGAAUGAUUAAUAUCCAUAAUUAACAUCAUAUUCUUUACUUCAACCUUGAAUUGAUGUAUUAAUUCUCAAAUAUAUAUAAUUGAU